CUACUUCGCCGAUACAUAUAUGAAGGUUUUAGGGGGACAAAAGCUUUGAGUCUCUCCGUGCCAGCUAUCAAUGGCGCUUUAUCUUCUCUACGAAUCGGCUUCUGGGUACGCUCUAUUUCUCGCUCAUGGGCUCGACGAAAUCGGUCAGAACACCGAGGCGGUUCGGAGCUCCGUUUCGGAUCUGAACCGAUUCGGCAAGGUGGUAAAGCUGGCUGCUUUUCACCCGUUUGAAUCCGCUCUCGAUGCUCUGAAUCAAUGCAACUCAGUGUCUGAAGGGCUUAUGACUGAUGAGUUGAGGAGUUUCUUGGAGCUUAAUCUUCCUAAAGUCAAGGAAGGUAAGAAGCCCAAGUUCAGUUUAGGAACUGCAGAACCUAAGAUUGGAUCACAUAUCUUUGAAGAUACUAAAAUUCCUUGCCAAAGCAAUGAGUUUGUUCUUGAGCUUCUCCGUGGUGUGCGGUUGCAUUUUGAUAGGUUUAUUAAGGAUCUCAAGCCUGGAGACCUAGAAAAGGCCCAACUUGGUCUGGGACACAGUUACAGCAGAGCAAAGGUGAAGUUCAAUGUGAACAGAGUCGAUAAUAUGGUCAUUCAGGCCAUCUUCCUUCUUGAUACUCUUGAUAAAGAUAUCAAUUCCUUCUCCAUGAGAGUCAGGGAAUGGUACUCUUGGCAUUUCCCCGAGUUGGUGAAGAUAGUCAAUGACAACUACCUCUAUGCCAAAGUUGCAAAAUUUGUUGAGAACAAGUUGGAGUUGUCUGAAGACAAAAUUCCAGGCUUAACUGAGAUCCUUGGAGAUGAAGAUAAAGCAAAGGAGAUUGUGGAAGCUGCCAAAGCAUCCAUGGGACAGGAUUUGUCCCCAAUUGACUUGAUUAAUGUCCAGCAAUUUGCGCAGAGGGUAAUGGACCUCUCUGAGUACAGGAAGAAGCUGUAUGAAUAUCUGGUUACUAAAAUGAACGACAUUGCACCCAAUUUGGCUUCUCUAAUUGGUGAAGUUGUUGGGGCACGGUUGAUUUCUCAUGCAGGUAGUCUCACUAAUCUUGCAAAAUGCCCUUCCUCCACUCUUCAGAUCCUUGGUGCUGAGAAGGCUCUAUUCAGGGCAUUGAAAACAAGAGGGAACACGCCAAAAUAUGGUCUAAUCUUCCAUUCUUCUUUUAUUGGUCGUGCAUCUGCCCGGAACAAGGGACGUAUGGCUCGUUAUCUUGCAAACAAGUGUUCCAUUGCUUCUCGUAUUGACUGUUUUGCUGAGAGUAACACCACAGUUUUUGGGGAGAAACUCCGUGAACAAGUUGAGGAGCGACUCGAAUUUUAUGACAAGGGAAUUGCACCUCGGAAAAACAUUGAUGUUAUGAAAGCUGCCAUUGAAAUUACUCAAAACAAUGACACGGAGGACAAAGCAACCACUGAGCCUUCAGCAAAGAAAAGCAAGAAAAAGAAGUCUAAAGUCGAGGCUGCAGAGGAUGGUGAGCCCAUGGUUGAGGAUAAACCAACUGCUGCUACAAAUGGAGAUGCUUCUGAUGAACCCAAAACUGAGAAGAAGAAAAAGAAGGAGAAGCGAAAGUUGGUAGAAGAAGAAGAGCAGGUUCAGGCUGUGGAGAAUUCAAUUGGUGUGAACGGGGUUAACACAGAGGAUGGAACAGCAAAGAAGAAGAAAAAGAAGAAGAGCAAGGAUGAGGAUGGAGAGGGUCUUGCAGCUGCCAGUGAAGGUAAGAAGAAAAAGAAGAAAUCAAGAAGCGAAGACGAUGAUUAAAUUUUGAUCGAGUAGUUUAAAAUUCUGGUAGAUAUCUAUCUGGGCUGCAGUUGUUGCAUAAGUUUGAAAUUAUGAUGAAAUUACGAUGAAAUUUAGGCACCUAGAGCUUUCCUAAAUUAUGAACUUCAAUAUCAACUCUUAAUGUGUUUUUCUCCAUAUCUUUAAUCUCAUGGGUUCUUUUUCUUUUAA